AUGUAUAUGGACUUAAGUGACACCAAAUGGAAUAACAAAAACUUUCACUUCAAGAAGCUGUACAAACGGGAGGAACUGCCGCCCCAUUACCCCAACGGCUGGUUCUCUGUACUGGAGUCCAGGGAUUUGAGAGUCAAUCAAAUCAAACCCAUCUCUGCAUUUGGUGUGGAUUUAGUGGUUUACAGGGAACUGACGGGUAAAGUGCAUGUCUUAGAUGCCUAUUGUCCACAUUUGGGGGCAAACUUAGGCAUCGGUGGCCGAGUUGUAGGUGAUUCAGUCCGUUGUCCAUUCCAUGGCUGGACUUUUAAUGGCAAAGGUGUUUGCACUCAAGUGCCCGGAUUAGAGUGUAUGUCAUCUCAUGUUAUGCUCAAUAAUCAAUGUAUUCAACAGUUGUUUGUUUUGCAUCUCACAAAAGGCUCAAAUCUACCGAAAGUACAAAUAAAAGUGUGGGAAUGUGUCGAAGAGAAUGGCUUUAUAUUUGUUUGGCAUCACUCCGACCAACAGAAACCCGACUGGUUUCCCAUACCUAUACCAGAAGUACGCGAUUCAAAACUUGUCUACAGGGGAAGGGCUGAACAUAUUGUCAAAUGUCAUCUCCAGUUUUAUUUUUAUUCAGUCCGUUGUCCAUUCCAUGGCUGGACUUUUAAUGGCAAAGGUGUUUGCACUCAAGUGCCCGGAUUAGAGUGCUCAAAUCUACCGAAAGUACAAAUAAAAGUGUGGGAAUGUGUCGAAGAGAAUGGCUUUAUAUUUGUUUGGCAUCACUCCGACCAACAGAAACCUGACUGGUUUCCCAUACCUAUACCAGAAGUACGCGAUUCAAAACUGGUCUACAGGGGAAGGGCUGAACAUAUUGUCAAAUGUCAUCUCCAGGAAAUCCCUGAAAAUGGUGCCGACGUUAUGCAUUUGAAUGAAUUACAUGAGGGCCCGGAGUUCUUGGGGACAGUUGUCAAUCGCUCCAAGUUUUACCAGUUUUUCAUUAAGUUUUUGCGCUACGACUGGAGGGCCAAUUGGCAGCCCUGUCCGGCACCCGACAAACACAUCGCUCAUUUAGACCUGCGAUCCGUGUAUUCACUGUUUGGCUUCCCGUUAAUGCCAUUCAGUUUGGAUGUCCUACAGAUAGGGCCGGCGAACGUGCACUUGAAGAUCAACAUAAAAUUCUUGGGCGAAAUCAAUGGUUAUAUUAUCCAAACGAUUACACCGUUAGCGCCGCUCAAGAAUAAGAUUGUCCACCACUUCUACACUGAGCCCACGUUUAAAGCGUUGAUUUUCUCGAAGUUUAUGAUUUAUGGAGAGGCCAGGAUGGUGGAACGGGAUAUCGUAAUCUGGAAUAAUAAGAAAUUUCUAAAACAGCCCUAUUUUGCCAAACAUGAGACACCGUUAGUGAAGUUUAGGCGUUGGUUCAGUCAGUUUUAUACCGAAAAGUACCCCAAAGAGGAGGACUGGUAGCACACCAUGAG